AUGGUGCCAUCACACAUUGAAUCACUCAAUGCGCAGGGUCGCGCCUAUCUCAUGCUGGGACAGCCUGCCAAAGCUUUGAACUCGUUCACCACCUGUCGCAACUACCUAAUGAUGGACGUGCCAGAGUCUGACAUCGACCUACAUUUCACUCGCAACCUGCAUCACCUCCAGUAUAACAUCGCCAAGUCGCUCAGCAUGCUGGGCCAGAACGAUGCGGCCACCAAGCUGCUCGAGUCCAUCCUCUCCAUCAGGUCGACCCAACCAUUGGACUGCUACCAAUUACUUCUCGACCUGUAUCAAUGCAAGGACCAAAACAUCAUUCAGGGCAUCGACAGGAUCAUGUCAGCCAGUGAUUCCAAUUGGGAUCCCGUGCCACUGUGCGUCUAUCUGAUCAAUGAGCUGGACAAUAGGAAAAUAGAGACGCCACAGGUGCACGCCAAGCUCAAUGAUAUCGUUCUGGGUACAUGUCCCAACAUCGAGGAGUUUGAUCAGAAUGUUCACUGCGACAACUUGUACGAAUGCUUGUUGAGACGAACCUUGCUCGAUGCGGUACUGUCACCGGACACUUAUAAACAGAGGUUGCUGGACCUGAUGCAUAUCAAGCCAAAAGAGAAGUUUGGCUUCAACAUACGGAUACUCCUUCUCACCAGUUUGCCAAGCGGGUCUCAAGAGUUGCAUCAAAUGAUCACAGAAAUUGAAUCAAACGAGUCCUUGGUUGACUCGAUUAAAGGUCUUCCAUACUGGACACAGGUAAGACUGGAAAAGUUGGUCGCCACAAUGAAGACAAUGUCUAUAGAGGACGCCAGAGAAUACCUAAAGAAGAUUGAGGAGUCUCCAUUCAAUCAAGAGGUAGGUCUGCUUUAUACAUUGAUCUAUUUAACUCUGGCCAAAGAGAUGAUAAUGCGAUCAGAGAGGAAGUAUUGCAAGGACUUUUCAAAGUUUGUCGAAUGGCUGCCAGGUGGACGGACCAACGAACUCGUGCGACAGCUACCAUGGAUCACAGAUCCCACAGAGAGCGCCAAGCAGGUACAUCAGAGAUGUGUUCAAAUGAUUGCUCAACUGGAUACAUACCAUAACGCCAAUGGUUCAUCAUCAUCAUCAAUGGAUGACAUUCGUUACAUGUAUGAACUGCUGGAAAAGACAACCGCGAUACCCUUAAGUCCAAGGGGUCCAGAGCCCCCCGUUGUGUCGGUCCACAACCAACUGCUCAUUGAUCUGAUCGAUCAAAAGUUCAUUUCACCGGCGAAGCGAUACCAUCACUGGGACCCAUUCGCCAGAGUGAAGUGGGAUUCAUUGGAUUCCGAGCCUUCACUUGACACGAUAUUGAAGACACUUACCACUUUCAUUCACUUGGACUAUCAGUACACGCCAGAUUCUGUUCUGAAGACGACUAAGCAGUCCAUUGAUGCGAAUCCCGAGUACAGCAUUGGUUACCUCGUGCAUUCAUACAUGUCCGUGGUCAAAUAUGGUAGGUCCAACCUUGAUGUUAUGAACUCUGUGAACAAGGCCAUCAAGUUAGAUCGUUACAGAGAUCAAUCAGAGAGGGAGUAUGGCCAGAUACUGCUGGCACUGACCAUCGUCGGUUUGCAUUAUAACGAGCAAUCUGUCAACAUAUUGCAAUCACUGUUGGAGGCCAACCCCAACCACAAAGAGGCACUUCAUUCUUUGGCCUUGGUCUAUCUCUGGACAAACAUGUUGAAUGAAGCCGAGCAGCACAUUACCACCAGGGUGCUGACGGCUUAUCCCGACUCUGUUCACGCUCGCAUCACACUGGCCUAUUGUAGAGAUAUGCGCGGUGUUCGAACGGGCGCACAAGAGGCCUAUCAAACAAUAUACGAUCUCGGACUUGAGUCUCCAUCAUCAACAACAGAACAAAACAGAAUGAUCCAAGAAGGAUUGUUCGGUCUGGAGAUAAAGAGUCUGUUGGAUGACAUGAAAGAGUUUGUAAGCAAUUAUGGCAAUGACCAAUCAAUGCCAAUCAGACAGGCCUACGAUAUCAUCACCUUUAUCCACAUCACACUCAAAGAGAUUGAUAUGGCACUCAAGACUGGCGAACUUGGCGGGCUCAGUGCACCCGAGGAUGAACCUUAUCAAUCCGAGUAUCUGAUCACACUAGACUACUUUAUUAGGGAAUCCAUCGCCAUUUCUUUGAUGCCAUUGGCAGAACAUAACAUUUACUCGCCACGAAGCGUCUACCAUCUGGUCGUGUUGGUACACACAUUCCUCGGCAAGGCCUACUCGACAAUUCCAGAACGAUCAUCCGAUGCCAUCCGCCACCUUCGCGCAUCAAUGUCCUUUUCCUGGCCGGCUUUCCCGAGUGACAACGACAUCAUUGACAAAGUAAUCAUUGAGCUGAAGUCAGUAGCAGAGGGUCUUUUAGUUCCACUGCUAAUGGAUCUCAAACGGUACGAUGAACUUGAGCAACUUCAAAUAGAGAAGACUGCACAAUAA